AUGCAGCCCACGAGACACAUGCGGUCCACGAGACACAUGUGGCCCACGAGACACAGCGGCCCACCAGACACAAGAAGGCCACGAGACAUGCCCAGCAGCCCACGAGACACAUGCGGCCCACGACACAUGCGGCCCACGAGACACAUGAAGCCCAAGAGACACAUGGCCCCGGGACACAGCGGCCCACGACACAUGCGGUCCACAGAGACCAUGAAGCCCACGAGACACAGCGGCCCACAGAUACAUACGGCCCACGAGACACAUGAAGCCCACGAGACACAGCGGCACACGACACAUGCUGUUCACGAGACACAUGCGGCCCACCUGACACAUGCGGCCCACGAGACACAUGCGGCCCACGAGACACAUGAGGCCCACGAGACACAUGCAGCCCACGAGACACAGCGGCCCACGAGACACAUGAAGCCCACGAGAGACAGCGGCCCGCGAGACACAUGA